GAUGAAUCUAUUCACUUGUUUCAAUUUCCGUCAUAAAGUAAUGUUAGCACCUCGAGCGCUGACCCAUUCAUUGUUACACGGAAAUAUUUCAUGACACUCCUGACUCACAAAUAGUUUGGAAAACCUUAUGUAGUAUUUUAGUUUUUCUGUCAGCCAUCAAACUAGAUCAUGUAAACUGUGAUCAAAAUGUUUUUGUAUAUUCGUUGUCUAAAAGCUGUGAUUCUGUAUGGAAUUUUUUUGGAGUUUGCUGCCUCCAAGAACAACACUGUUGCCCGUGUCGGGGAAAGAGUCCACAUGUCCUGGAAUGUACUUCUAGCUGUCCCGGAGUUUGAGAUUGUGUCUGUCAGACCUAAUGGGAAGCUCAGGCCUGAUGAAUCCAUGGUCCUGUUCGACGUGGAGGACAAUGCACAUGUGUUUACAUCUAUCAACACACAUACAGGGAACGGGACAAGGAUUCAGCUGACUGUCAAAACAUCCCUGCAAGGAAGGACGCUGGUCAGUCUCAUAUUCCACAGUGUCGACGUGCAGGACGCCGGAGUGUACCAGUGUGUUACCUACAACAGUGACAGGUCUGAUAACACGUGGACUCAGCUUCUCAUUGUACUGCAGAAACCAUCACAACCGAACAUCAGCACGACAUCUGCCGACCCCGUAUCAGGUAGUCCGGUGAUGCUGACCUGCUCCUCCACCUCCCGGAGUCUUCCUCUAGACCGGUCUCUGUACCCGUAUACCCUGAACACGUCCUACACCUGGAGGAGAAACAACAGGAGGGUGGAGAGCGAGGUACACGUGGAGGGGGCAGUCCUGACUAUAGACAACGUCACCAAGGGGGACGCGGGGGUCUACACGUGUCAGUCUGAAGAAGAGGGCGUCCUGUCAGACUGGAGUCAGGGAUACACUCUGAAUGUUCUGUAUGGACCAGACACGGUACAGUUUAGUGGUAACAGAGACAACGUGUCUGCAGUAGAAGGUGACCCUCUCACAGUGACAUGUUCUGCUGACUGUUACCCCGCCUGCACUGUGACCUUGUGGGGCACAUCCAGACAGAGGGUGAUCACGGGACCGAGGGAGGCUGUGUUGUAUAUACCAGCUGUAGACAGAUCUGUGUCUGGACAGUACACGUGUCACGUCAGCAACAUACAUGGGAAUACAUCACGGAGCCUGACGCUGGACGUUUUCUAUGGACCUGACCAGAUACAGUUUAACGGUGCAAGUGACAGGCUAAAAGCAGAAGAAGGUGACCCUUUCACAGUGAGAUGUUCAGCUGACUGUAACCCCGCCUGCACUGUUACCUGGUGGAACACAUCCAGACAGAGGGUGAUCACGGGACCGAGGGAGGCUGUGUUGUAUAUACCAGCUGUAGACAGAUCUGUGUCUGGACAGUACACGUGUCACGUCAGCAACAUACAUGGGAAUACAUCACGGAGCCUGACGCUGGACGUUUUCUAUGGACCUGACCAGAUACAGUUUAACGGUGCAAGUGACAGGCUAAAAGCAGAAGAAGGUGACCCUUUCACAGUGAGAUGUUCAGCUGACUGUAACCCCGCCUGCACUGUUACCUGGUGGAACACAUCCAGACAGAGGGAGAUCACGGGACAGAGGGAGGCUGUGCUGUAUAUACCAGCUGUAGACAGAUCUGUGUCUGGACAGUACAUCUGUCACGUCAACAACACACAUGGGAACACAUCACGGAACCUGACCCUGGAAGUGUUCUCACGAGAGGUUACUGGAGUUGGCGUCGCUUCGACCGUCUCUGUGGCUGCUGUCUGUUCUGUCCUGAUCGUCGUCACCGCUGUGGUCGUCAUAUUUCUUGCUCGUAGAAAACAGACACGUGAAGAGAGGGGAUACAUUCAUAACCGCGUGGUCACAUAUACUCGGGACGAGGAAACAGACGGAAGCUACCAGGAAAUAGAAGAGGGAGGAUCCAUUCAAAAUCGCGUGAUCUCAUAUGCCCGGGAUGAGGACAAUGAUGGAAGCUACCAGGAGAUAGAAGAAGAGGUGAACGUAGACGACAUCGCCCCUCUUGUAGCUGCCUACUCUGUUAUGCUCACGGCUGUGGCAGUUGUGGUGGCAGCAGUUGCUAUUCUUGUCUGCAAGGACGUAAAAGAUGGUCACAGCAGAAGAUUUGGUGAAUAUCUCACUGUGGUGGGCGAGAGACUAUCCUGUGACAUCAGUGAAGCACCUUGUGCUACCAUCAACGACGAGGAUGCCUUAUCCAUGCAUGAUUAUGAGCGACUACUGAGGGAACAGUUCCACAUCUACACGUGUCUCAACCCUUCAGGUUCCUCUACUGAGGACCACAGUACCAGGUGCAGCCUUAUGUGAGGGAACCGUUUCCCAUCUACCCGUGUCUCAACCCUUCAGCUUCCUUUAUGGACGUCAACUGUACCAGGUGCAGCCUUAUGUGAGGAAACAGUUUCCCAUUUGCAUGUGUCUCAACUCUUCAGCUUCCUCUACACACGUCCACUGCAUCAGGUGCAGCCAAAUGUGAGGGAACAGUUUUCCAUCUACACGUGUCUCAACCCUUCAGCUUCCUCUACAGACGUCCACUGUACCAGGUGCAGCCUAAUGUGAGGGAACAGUUCCCCAUGUACACCUGUCUAAACCCUUCAGUUGCUACUACAGACGUCCACUGCACCAGGUGCAGCCAAAUGUGAGGGAACAGUUACACAUCUACUCGUGUCUCAACUCUUCAGCUUCCUCUACAGUCGUCCACUGUACCAGGUGCAGCCUGAUGUGAGGGAACAGUUUCCCAUCUACACGUGUCUCAACCCUUCAGCUUCCUCUACACACGUCCACUGUACCAGGUGCAGCCAAAUGUGAGGGAACAGUUCCACAUCUACACGUUUCUCAACCCUUCAGCUUCCUCUACACACGUCCACUGUACCAGGUGCAGCCAAAUGUGAGGGAACAGUUCCACAUCUACACGUUUCUCAACCCUUCAGCUUCCUCUACACACGUCCACUGUACCAGGUGCAGCCAAAUGUGAGGGAACAGUUCCACAUCAACAUGUCUGUCAAUCCUUCAGCUUCCUCUACAGAAGACCACAGUAACAUGUGAGGGAACAGCCAAAGGGAAACGUUUACCCUGAUGUGCGAUGCAAGGAAAGCUUGAGGCCCUGACGGGUCAUAUGCAUUGUUUCGAUAUAUCAAGCGGAACAUGACAUUGACAUUAACAUUUAUGAAAUAUUAUCGCUUUUAACAGUAUUAUAGAACAUAGCUUGUAGCAGUUGCAGACCUCCAAACAUGGUUCUUCUUUUCAACAGUUUUAUAUUGAUUAUGUUUGUUUAUAUGUGUACAUAUUGGUGCAACUAGUUCUUUUAUGCCUUCAUUGUUGUAAUUGUCAUCUGUGGUCAUUACUGUGUUUGUUUUCAUUUAUUAUUUGGCAUCGUUUACUAUGUGAGGGUCUCUGGAAGCCUUCUAUGAUUUAUUUUUAACCAAUUAUCCGAUUUAAUUGAUUUCUAUAGGUUUCGCAUUGUCUUACUGUAAAUAGUUCCACACUGAUAUCCUUGUUUUAUUCUUGAUGAUUAAUAUUUGCUUUCAUUGUGCCAGUUUUCGUUUCCUACGAAAUUGGCUGUUUUUUAAAAAGGAAAUGGGUAAAAUGGAUCAUAUGUAUACAUACAGAUAAAGUUUAGAACAGGGUUAUUAAAUAAUUCCAGUUCAAAGGUUUCUUUUUCAAGUACUGAAAUGGAAAUAUCGAAAUUAACUUAACAAGGAAAUCUGGAAUAUGCAACAUUUUAAACUUUAUUGCAAAUUGUAUCACAUAAUCAUUUUGGAUGGUACAUGGGUAUGUCAUAUAUGAAUAUAUAUGUCAUAUUUUAUUUGUAGACUUUGAAUAGUCACUUCAGUGGAAAAACUAACAUUAUAAGCUGACAUUAAAAAAACCGCGUAAAUUAAUAAUUGUUUCAAGCGUUUGUUGAUGAUAUAUGUUAGUGUCGGUUCUGAUUGUACUAUUCACACACAUGACAGUUAGUGAACUUUCACAACAUAAACAAAAUAACAGGACAUUGAGGUCGAAAUUAUCACUCAUGGUCUUUCCUUUUAUGUAUUAAUACUUCAACUGAUACAAAGAGAUAAAUGAAUGUAUUUUAAACCUUUCUUAUUUCGUUUCUAUUUCCUUCUGACGUACGCUUCUGACAAUUCACAAUUGUAGUGAGGACAUGCUCUUUGUAUUUAUGAUACUGAUAUUGCCUAUUUUAAGCCUUUUAUAAAAGAACCUAUGAAAUAAAUCACUUGAAUGUCACAUUCAUAUGUCCAAUGGAUUCCAAGAAAGAAAGUUAGGAUUGAAUCGCUUUAGCCAUCAUGAAUACUCAGUAAUUGGCAACCUUCAAUAUGUUCGACAGUUUACAGUUACAGUGAUGUAUCUAUGAUAGCAUCCUGGGGUGGAUUUGAACCAGGCAUUUGAAGGUAGGCAGCUUAGGAUCGCAGCUGACGAUUUGCGAUCAAGCAUUCUUCAAUUUGAGAAACAAACGAAUAUACAGUAAAUUUCUUUAUAGCAUCUGUGUCGAUAGACUGAUAAUAAAUGUUUAAUCAAC